AUGAGAGUAGACGAAAAUCUUGUAUUUUUGGCUAAAAAAUUCAUGGAGAAUUAUGCAAUGCGCAAUUAUUUUGCCGAACAUUUCCAUAAAAAACGGAUCGUGAAUAAUUAUUAUAAGUAUGCUCUUAAAGAGGGCGAAAAAGAACAGCAACAGGAAGCGAAAUGUGGAGAACUUGCCGACCGAAGAGAUAGAAGACACUGA